AUGGCUAAGAAGUUGGCUCUUGAACAGAAAACAUGGUGUGUGGCCAAGCCCUCGACUGAAGAAGUUGAAUUAGGAAAUAAUAUUGAGUUUGCAUGCAAUCAAAUUGGAGUUGAUUGUAGCAUAAUUCAAGAGGGUGGUCAAUGCUAUAAUCCUGUGAGUCCCAUUAAUCAUGCUUCUGUUGCCAUGAACCUCUACUUUCAAAGAGCUGGUCGUUUCGCCUUCAACUGUGAUUUCUCCAACUCCGGCCUCAUGGUUCUUACAGAUCCAAGCUAUGGAGCAUGCCUCUAUUCCUUUAUAUAGCGGUGUGGCUUAACUUUUCUAGUCGAGAAUCUGCUUAAGGAAUAAAGUAGGGUUUUAUUAAUCAUUGAGGUUAUUACCCAACAUAUUCAUAUAUAUGAUUGAAUUAGUUGCUAAGAAUUGCUUUAAAGAAUUAGUUGCUAAGAAUUGUUUUAAAGAAGUGUAAUCAUUGACACACUAUAGGAAUUCAAGAGCAAUUGUAAUGAAAUAUGAAAGUGAAAUAUGCAUGGUUUUUAGCACUGAGGCCUUGCAAUAUGUAUUUUUUUUUUCUGACAUCAUAAUGUAUCUUAGCUUCUUUCAGUAUAUUACAAUUUGUUAUUGGCUAAACGCUACUACAAAAAAGGCUAAAAAGACCAUCCA